AUGGCUCGUUUCAGCUUCCUGUCGUUGGCUUUGCUCUCUGCCCAAGCCUUGAUCGGCGGCAGUUUCGCGGCGGAUGCUGAAAAGGCAGAAGAGAGUGUAGAGACUCCCAAGCUCGCUCUGACGGCGCAGACUACUUUCCCUGCUUCCGAGAUCUUCGGUGUCAAGAUUGUCAACGGUUACCCAACCCAGGCGCUUGUCGCUUUCACCAAUGAUGAGCCUGCCCCCGUGAAGGUGAACUUCAUCGGUGGCACCUUGUCCACCCUGGAUGAGGACAGCACGAUCGUGCGCAACUUGACUGCAACUGGAUACAGUGUGGAGAUUCCCGCUGGCGAGACGGAGACCCUGAGCUAUCAGAUUACCACCGAGAUGCAUCCCCAGGACCUUAGACUUAGCCUUGCUUCUAUCAUCUCCGAUAGCGAGGGCAGAUUCUACACCGUCUACGCCUACAACGGCACCGUCAGUGUUGUGGAGCCCGAAACUAGCUUCUUCGAUCCCCAGAUUCUUUUCCUGUAUUUCUUCCUCCUGGCCUGCUCCUCCGGUGUUGUCUACUUCUUCUACACUGUCUGGGUCGCUCCUUACUUCCCCCAGAAGCGCAAGAGUGGAAAGGGUGCUGAGCACUCCAAGAAGACUUCUGGUGCUGCGAAGAAGGCCGAGACCGUCGAACCCAGCAGCCCGGCAGUCUCGUCAGCCACCACCUACAAUGCUGAUUGGAUUCCCGCUCACCACAUUAACCGCCCUGAGGCCCGGAAGGUGAAGGGUAGCACCCGAUCCAAGAGCCGUGCUUAAAGGAGUCAACGGCAGCGCUGUUGUGGAAUAUAGAGGGAAGAGUGGGGCCUCAUUUUAUUUCUUGGACCUUGUAUGGUUAUUACACCGAUUCUUGUGGGAGUUUACCAAGCUUGGGACCAAAGAUCGCUGAGAAUGUGAUCGAUCGCAAGCCACUGCCAUCGCUGAUUGGGGCAUGUAUAUUUACGACAAUUGAAAUUAGUAAUUGUAGCUUCUAGAAGCUCAGUCCUUUACACAACUGUGUCAAAUGGAAACAGUCGAUCCGUGCCUGCUUCUAC